GCCUUGCGACUGUGCCUUAGGCUCUUGCGCGUUCUUUCUGACCUUUGAGGUGGAGCUUGCAUGUCUACUUGGCCCGAUUACCUUUCUCAUGCUCCUCGAGGUCUGUUUGCGCAACAUACUUGGCACUUCGCUAGUUUCCACCAUGUUCACAAGCGGGUUCAAGGUUGAAAGUGUUUUGGGUCAACUUCCGAGUUGUUAUGCGUAUGUGGAGAACUCUUCCCUGCGUUCAAGGGCUUGGCGUGAUUUUCAAUUUCAGAUAUAGGUUUCUGGUUUGUCUUCCAAGACUGCGAUCUCAGUUACUGAACGUUUGAAGAUCGUCAAGAGAAGAGACAUUUUAUCGAUUGCUCGCCAAUUUAGAGGUCCAAAAUGAAGGGAAAGGAUGGGUUCAGAGCAAUGUAUGCAGCAGUGUCUCGAGCAUGGAAUGCUCAAGGAUCAUUACCUCUUCGAACACCGAACCAAGUUAAUCUUUACCAUUCCAGCUUCAUACGCACGAUUGCGAGAUCCAGCUCCUCCUUCCUGCACAACGAACCCAUUUUCUACCCUAGAUUUAGCACUGCAGCAGGAUCGGCAUCUGACAAGGAUUUGGACAACAGUGCUUCAGUAAUAGGCACAACUACUUUCCCCGGUCUGUUAGCUACGAGAAAAGACCAGAAGCCACGCGCUGUAGUACUGGGAUCUGGAUGGGGAGCUUGUCGUCUUCUGAAGGAUCUUGACAGUCGUAUCUACGACAUAGUUUGCGUCUCUCCUCGCAAUCACAUGGUGUUCACUCCCUUGCUGGCAUCUACUUGUGUCGGAACUCUCGAGUUUCGCUCCGUAGCGGAGCCAGUAAGGACAAUUCAGCCGGCCCUUGCGAAAAAUCCUGAUUCUUAUUACUUCCUCGCUAAAUGUACACAUAUCGAUGUUGACAACCAUGAAGUACACUGCGAGUCGGUCCUUGACGAGCAUGCUGGUCACCAAGGAGGAGAUAAGUUCAAGGUUGCUUACGACAAGCUAGUCAUUGCAACAGGUGCAGAGGCCUCAACGUUUGGCAUCGAUGGUGUCUACGAACACGCUCUCUUUCUUCGUGACGUGAGGAAUGCAAUGGAGAUCCGAUCCAAGAUGUUGCUCAACCUCGCGCUCUCAGAAAUUCCUGGGAAAGACCCGGAGGAGAAAAAGAGGCUUCUCCAUUGUGUAGUGGUUGGAGGUGGUCCCACAGGGGUGGAAUUUAGCGGUGAGCUCAGCGACUUCAUCCGGCGUGAUGUCCAACGCAAGUUUUCACAUUCCAAGGACUUGAUCCACGUGACUCUCAUAGAGGCAAAUGAGAUCCUCAAUACAUUUGAUGUGAGGCUCCGUCAAUAUGCCACUAACCAGAUGAAGAGGAGUGGAGUCAAGCUGAUGCGGGGAAUGGUAAAACACGUCCUUCCGAAGAAACUAAUUCUCAACGACGGAAAUGAGGUACCCUACGGGCUUCUUGUAUGGUCAACAGGCGUAGGUCCAUCUGCUUUCAUCAAAAGCCUUGAAAAUUUUGAGAAAUCAAAGGGGGGGAGGAUCGGCGUUGAUGAUUAUCUGCGAGUACCUGCUCACGAUGAUGUUUACGCUCUUGGCGAUUGCGCUGGGUACGUUGAGCGAAUUGGCAAGCCCCCAUUGCCCGCUUUGGCACAAGUGGCAGAGAGGCAAGGCAAGUACCUGGGGGAGUCUCUGAACAAGCUGGGGAAACAGGGUCACGGACGAGCAGGAGCUGGUACACCUUUCGUGGUCGACCCAUUUGUUUACAAGCAUCUGGGAAGCAUGGCCUCCGUUGGGCGAUACAAAGCUUUAGUGGACUUGAGGCAGAGUCCUGAGGCGACUGGUGUUUCCCUGACAGGGUUCAAGAGCUGGAUCAUUUGGCGAUCUGCUUACUUGACCCGAACUCUAAGCUGGCGAGCUCGUCUGUAUGUGGCGUUCAACUGGUUCACCACCUUUAUUUUUGGCCGUGACAUAUCUCGAUUCUAGAAGCUUGAACAUUCUAUAAUAAAACCAUCUGUUUUGCUUCUAUGUGGGACUUUUUGUAGAUGACAACUUGAGCCGGUUGACAGCUUGUGAUAUCAUUAACAAAUAACGGUUGCAGUGUAUGCAAAAACUAUGCAAUGAUGGAGCCUUGUUUUUGCCCAAGCAGAUUCAGUCUCUUCGACUGCUGUGGAUUAGGGAGUCAAUCAGUUAAAAAUUUGGCUGCUCUUAUUUGAUUCUUGAACUUGGGCUUUAACCUCCCACUUAAAGAUAGGAAAAUGUUAUUUAGUAGCAAUGAUAUGGAGUUAAGUUCUUACAUAUCAAGUUCUCACAAGAUCCAAAUGUAUAAAGAUUUAGUGAUUUUGGAUUAUUAUUAUUAUGUUCUUUUUUA